CCACCUCAAAACCCCUACUCGCUCGCUCUUCGGACUUCAAUCAUCGAAUCCAAAGGCCGCUUCAUCAUCGCCUUCUCCGGCCGCGCGUGAUCGGACUCCGAAAUGACCAAGUUUAGGAAGCUUGGUAGGCCCGCCGCUCACAGGAUGUCCAUGCUGAGGACAAUGGUAUCGCAGUUGGUGAAACACGAGCGCAUUGAAACCACUGUGGCUAAGGCCAAAGAGGUCCGGAGGUUAGCUGAUAAUAUGGUACAGCUUGGUAAAGAGGGUACCCUUCAUGCUGCUAGGCAAGCAGCUGCUUUCGUGCGAGGAGAUGAUGUCCUUCACAAACUAUUCACAGAACUGGCCUAUAGAUACAAAGAUCGAGCUGGUGGAUAUACAAGACUUCUUCGAACUCGCAUUCGAGUUGGUGAUGCUGCACCCAUGGCUUAUAUUGAGUUUAUUGACAGAGAAAAUGAACUUAGACAGUCGAAGCCUCCGGUCCCUCAACCUCCACAGAGACCUCCUAUGGAUCCCUGGACAAGAUCCAAGCUUUGCAAACAGUUCGCACCGCCUAAAGAGGAGAAAUUCUCUGAGCCUGACACAUAAACUCGGAAGAGGCCUCUUGAUAGUAUAACAAUGUUAGCCCUUUAUUUAUCAAGUAAAGGGAUUCCCUUUACCCCUCAUAAUCUGUCAUGGGCCACAUAGAUCAAGGGGAAUCUGUGUGCUGUUUAUUUUUGUGCUCUGUAUUUGAGUAGUGGCUGUGGAGGCGAAAUUGAUAAGCAUCUUCAUUCUCCAGAGCGUCAAGCAAACAUAGGCUUGCUCUACUGUUAAUUCGAUCAUUUGAUGGUUCUGGGA